UGUGAAUAAAAUAUAAGUUUAUGAGAUUUGUAAAUUAUUCCAUUCCUUUUUUACUCACAAUUUGUACAGUGUCCCAACAUUUUUGGAAUCGGGUUUGUACAAUAUGAUGAUAUUAGUUUGUAACACAGUACAGUGAAUAUUUGUAUGGCAUAACAAGAGGGCUAGGUUUCACUUUCAUUUCCACUUACAUGAUGUCACAGCUUUCAGACAGCCUUUCAGCUUCAAGACCAAGGAAUCAGUGAGGUAUGAGGAAAGUACAGUAUAGUAAAAUGUACUGUUCCUAAAAUAUUUGUAUGGCACACCCAAGGGCUAGGCUUGCCUUCAGUUUUCUCUUAAAUGCUGUCAUAGCCUUAACGCCUUAAACAGCCAGUUGGUAAGCUGCCAACCCAAUGGCUGGAAUGUUUAUUCAUUAUCUUCCAGUAAUAAACCUGCUUUUCCUGCAAGCUCGUUAUUUACUCAUAUAUAUUUUGUGUGACAGGGAAGCUUUUUAUUUGUGUCAGUCAAGGAUGGAGUUUAAGCACACGAAAAAGACAAGCUUUUCGGUCAGGAGGAAAACAAAAAAUGGGAAAGAAAAGAAACUUUCAAUGAAAAAAAUAGAGCAGACAGAUGUGAACCUUCCACCAGAGGAACAGGCAUCUGGAGUUCCUGAUCUCAUUGCUCUAGAUGCUGAAGCACUUAACAAGAGAGUGCUUCAUGCUCUCAAAACAAUUUUGAGUGAUGAAUCAACCUCUGAGGACUUUGAUGCUGCAGUUGAGGUGCUGAAAACAUUGAGCAAACUGAAUAACAACUAUUCUCAAGACGGGCUUUUUGAGUACCUUCAAGAAAUAAAUCAGUUUGUGGAGAACCACUUUCCCACGCUGCCAGCAGAGGGACCACGGGGAUCUCAGUUGGAGCCGAUACAGGACUUUCAGAGAACACAGAGCAUGAUAAAUGAUAAGGUGCUUCGAUUAACACCUGCACUGAAAGAUGCUGGGCUGCUAGAUCAUCUGAUGGACAGUUACAGCCGUCACCUCUUUACCAGCCUGGACCUGCUCCUAAACAGAGAUCUGUCUGUGAAAGAGAUCUUCUGCCUUCUGCUGUGGGGAAAAGAUGUUUUCUUCAGUUCAGACUCACAGCAUUUCUUCAGAGUGCACGACCCUCUGCUGUUGACAAAUUGGUUUGAGAGAGCAACGAAGAAACUGCUGCCAAAACUAAAGAAUGACAUCUCCACGACUCUACAGAACAUCCUGGACUAUGAUGCGCAAAAUAGACCAAAUGGAGACUCAAUGGAUGAAGAAACGUUCAUCAGAGUUCACUUAGAUGUCACUAAAUGUCUGAAUGCUGUUAUACAGAGUUCUAAGGAAUUUAGUCACACGCUGAUGUGUGCGGCACAAACACUCUGUCUUAAAGAGCUUCAUCAUUUUGUUCAGGAGUAUGUGCAUGCAGAGAAAAAAAGCCUGGAAAAACAACAACCCCUGAAGAAAAAUCCUGUGCAUCUGUUUCGGCUCAUCAGCACUUGUAGACAACUCAGAUUUUUUGCUCCUCAACUCAGCAAUCCAGAUAUAAAAAACAGUGACGACCUCUCAAAAAUGAUCUGCAUGUUAAAGAAGAUGGAGGAUCACGUUCUGUCUAUUGUACAGAAGAUGAUGAAAGACGUAGCACAGGCCUUUUUAAGACAUUAUUUCAAAGAAGAAGGUGAUCAAAUUCAAACACUGACAGAGGCAAUCCAAAAGCAAUGUGCAUCUCUGCCUCAGACUGAUGUGGCAAAAGAGAAAAUUCAGGAGAUCUUUGUGAAUGUAUCCUAUGACUGCGUUUCACGCGUGUAUCUGGAUUGCCUGAUGAAGAGCAAGUUCAAAAGGCUAGAGAGGAGAUGGGGAAAUGUUGAAGAAAGGAUAAGCGAGGACGUUCUCAAUUUUCACAACACAUUCGCUGAACUGAAUGGCAGUGAUGCCCAGAGGAACCAUCUCCUUCAGAGACUCAGUGAAGUUUUGCUUCACAGUGAUGUAGAAGCACUGAAGAUUACCUGUUUUGUUUUGUUCAGAGAUUUCCCUCAGGAGAGUAAGCAGUAUGUACCUGGUCUGCUGCGCUGGAAGGGGGUUUUAUCAGAGCGACAGGUGAGGGAAGUGCUGGAUGUGACCCAGGACCUCGGCCUCAAUCUACAGCCUAGACGCGUCACCUGUCAGCCUCUGAAGGGACUUUUUUGUUUUCUUUGAUGUGAAUAACAACAUCAGCCAGAACUGUAAAAUCUUUGUUUAAGUUUAAUUCGAUGACAUGACUGUUUUGUGUUAUUCAUUUAUGAUAUUUAUGUUAUACUGGUACAUAGAUAUUUUCAUCAGAUAUUGUAAUAUUUGCUUUUCCCUGAUGACUUUUUGAUGUUACUUGAAAAUAGGAAAUAAUUUUUAUAUCAGACCACUGGAGAAAAAUGAAUUACCCUUUACUCUUUACCCUUUUAAUCUUUUAUAUGAUAAUUUAAUUUUCACAGAGUUACUCAUUUUGACUUCUACCUUUUACAUUGUUACAAAAGAGGAUUGUAACAACAUGUCCAGCUACUGUAUGAACCUAAAUUAUUGUUAUAUUAUUUAAAUGUUCAGUCAGGACCACUCUGUUUGAUUAAGAUUACUGUAGAGGUCCUGAACAUUAUUUUUGGCGACAGGCUUUACGCUCAAGGGUUCAGAGUCUGAGCUGUCCACAAGCAAACCUCACUGAGGUGUAAACCCCGAAGCCUAAUGCAAUUACCAGAUAUAAAAUUCCAUCCAGAAGUGAUACAAGUCUGUAAAUGAGUCUGGACAAGAUUAAACAAUUAGCUGAUGGAUGAUCUCAUGCGCCUGCAGGGUGAGCGACAGACCAAGGCAAGUGUGACUUUGAAAGAACUUAUAUAGAAUAUAUAUCUUAUUUAAUUGUAGUGGGAGGAGUUGCUGAUGCUGGCUGUCACGCCAUGGUCUUCUUGAACUUAUGCUUGAGCUCCAUUCGUCACUCAGACUACAUUUAUAUUUACAUACAAUUAUAUUUUUUGUAAUUUCUUACAUUUUCAUUUGAAAAUAGGUACAGUAUCUUUUGUGUGAUGUGAUUUGUGUGAGCUCCAUUUUUGUGCACACAGAUCAUAAUCCCUUGGUGUUCUUGACCCACAUGUCUAACCCUAAUCAACGUUUAAUGUGUUGAAUAUUAUUUUGAUAUCCGGCACAAGAAAAUAAUUGACAAACAUCAUUGCCAAUGCCCUGUGCAGAUUUCAUUCCUUUGACAAUUAAAAAUGUGUUUUUUUUUUUUUUUUUUUUUGUGAUUCAUUAUAUUAUCUUAUAACCAGUGGGUGGCUUUGUGAAUCUUUUACCUCAUUUGUGUUGAACUUACUGAAGUAGUGUUUUUUUCCUUUGUUUAUCUGAUUGCACUCCAUGAUUGAGGGGAAUGGGAGAAGUGUUACCUUCUGAGUCUGUUUGAUUCAGCUGUUUUUGUUGUUGUUGUUGUUGUUGUUGUUGUUGUUUUGCUUCACAAGUUUAAUGAUUCAAUUGUUUUUGUGGGGUUUGUAGGGAAGUGGGUGCAAUUUGUUUUGAAGUAGACCUUCCCCCUGUUAAUGUUAGUUGGGGAGUUAACUUAUUUUGCUGGAUUUUUGUUUUCUGCCUUUUUAGUUUAGUUAUAGUUGGUUCAUAAGGAGUGAGUUAUUUUUGUUGUUUUAGCAAUAUCCCAAAAUCUUUUACGAAAUAUAAAAAUUGUGAUUUGCAGUUUUGUUUCAUAAAGAAUUUCAGUAUGUACAAAAUGAUUGCAAAAGCAAAAUUCAUGUGAUCCUCACUAUGGAAAAGAAGCUCCUGCUAAACUGGAGUGAGUCCUGCUUUUCACUAACUGAUUCUGGAUGCAAGUGAAACUCUUCAGGAUAUUUCUGUGGUCUGAUGGAAAAAGAUUUCCCUUGAGUCUCAGCCGAGCAGAAAUAUGAUGCUGACUGUAACAAGAAUACAGACAGGAGAAAAACACAGUGGUCUUAUUUUUCCCCUGAAUAAUCGCACAGCAGAAACCACCAAACUUAAGAUCAGGGUAAAGCAUCAUCAGACGUGCCAGCUCUAAUUUUGCACUCUUUAGAUCCUGUAGUUUCAGGAGACCUGCUAAUUUGAGAAUUUCUUUCAAACAGUCCAUAUUUGAUCCCUGUGAUAAUGAAAUUUCACUGUGUUUGAUUUAAACUUGUGUUAGUAUGGUAUACAAAAUUUUGGGAUUGGCUUGAAUCUGUGGAACUGUUGGACUAUUAAUGUCAAUGUCAAACUUU